AAUUAAUCGUCAAUGUUUUCGAUGUGCAAGCGUGUAUCGGAGAAAAUAUAAGAUCAGUCGAUCUUUUUUGUGAGAAGCUCACCAAGGAGUGAUUUAUAAAGAAAAAACAUGUCUCACCCAGAUGGUUAUCAGUAUCAAUCGUACAUAGAUCCUAAUAAUUCCUUAAAAAGUGAACGUGUACCCAUAGUAAAUGGUCAAUCUACUGUUAAUCAGCAUAUACAAAACGGCAUGCAAUCACCACAUUCUAAUCUCACUGGUACACCGUCAUCGCAAUCAUCUCGUGAUCCAUCAAGAGAAACAUCGAGAGAUCCAUCUCCAACUCAAUAUCUACACAAUCAGUAUAGACCACAAUUACCAAGACCUCCUAUGCCACCAAUUAAUGGACAACAAAAUAUGCAUCUGAAUGUUAGGCCUCCUUUACCAAAUGUCACGCAAACACAACAAUAUAAUCCUACCACAACUCUUUACUCUUCUAACCAAUUCAAUUCUAGUGCCACAAAUAUUCCUCCCCCGAAUAAUGCAGGCAAUGUUUCUUCUGCGUUUGUUAGUUUGUCUUCAAAUGUACAAGAAAGUCAAGAUAUUAAUUCACAUAGUAUGCCUUCUAUACCACAAGUUUCACCAACAAGUUCAAGUCACAAUACAUUAUCCGAAUCCGAUGCUAAAAGAGGAAUUGCUAAUUUUCCUUCCACUGAAUUUACUAUGACCGAAAGUACUAGGUCUAAUAAACUAUAUCAAAGGACACCUACUUCACAGUCUGCAGGCCUAUCAAAUGACGCAACCAAUGUACCUACAAUAUCUGACAAUUUUGAUAAUGUAAAUCAAAAGCCUUCUAUUAUGCUAAAUCCAUCUGGAAAUUCUCUGGGACAAUCUAGUAUGAACGUAUCACAGUUUAAUCAGAGUAGUCGAAAUGAAUCUUUGAAUGCACCUAUAACUACUCAAAAUCAAGCUGUUAUGCCACCGCCUCUGAAUUCUAGCUAUGCUUCUCAGAUGAUUACAACUACUCAAAAUCAAGCCGUUAUGCCACCACCUCCAAAUUCUAGCCAUUCUCCUCAGAUGAUUAAUCAAUCUAAUCCUAACUCAGCAGUUUUGAGAAAUAUAUCUCAAAAUGUUAACUCCGAAGGACAACCUGUAAAUUUUGCAUCGGCUCAAAAUUUGCAGGGUUAUUUGUCUCAGCCUAAAUAUGGAAGUCAGCAGAAUAUUUUCAACAGUCCGCAGAAUGUACAAGGCAAUACACAAAAUGUGCCAUUAUAUGCGUAUAGUUCUAAUUCUAAUACGCAAAACUUAUUUGCUAAACCACAACAAACUCAACAUGUUCUUCAAAGUCCAAAUAUGUCUGCAUCAAGAAACAUUGCAGAAAAUCAGGAUAAUUUGCCAUCACAAUCACGAGUGCAAUCUCUACAUUCAUUACAGCCAACAGUACAAAAUCAGACAUUUGGCAGUCACACAGAUUUAUUUGGGCAGGGAUCAAAUUCUCAACAGAGUCAUAGUAUGUAUGGUAGUCAACCAAAUUUAACUGGCCAAAGAAAUUAUGCGCAAAAUUAUUAUGGAACGCAAAUGUCAUCAAGCACUGCCAAUCUUUCAAGCACUAUAAUGACACCUCCAAGAUUUAGUGCACCUUCUAAUAAUCCUAGUCUUUCUUCUAUGAGGCAGCCAAUGACUAUGCCACCCCCUACAGGACAGCAAUUGGGUACAUAUGAUAAGCAACCACCAUAUCCAGGACAAUUAUCGAAUAUUCCUUUAGAUCCUAUAUCUGCAAGAUAUCCUGGAUCAUAUCCUGAUCAAAUGAAUCAACUAAAUAGACAAAUGAAUACAAUGUCAGUUACACAGGCUGGUUAUAAUAAAAUAUGGGGCAUGGAAUCCGUUGAUUUAUUACAAUGUAGAAAUAUUUUACCUCCUGGGAAAAUAGAGCCACCGAAAGUUAGAUUGCAUCAAGAAUUUUUGAAUGGUGUUAAUUGCAAUCCAGACAUAUUUCGAUGUACUUUAACAAAGAUUCCUGAGAAUAAUUCAUUGCUGCAGAAAGCCAAGUUACCACUUGGAAUUUUAAUACAUCCUUUCAAAGAUUUAAACCAAUUACCCGUAAUUCAGUGUAGCACAAUUGUACGUUGUCGUAUUUGUAGAACAUAUAUAAAUCCAUUUGUAUACUUUGUUGAUUCCAAGAGAUGGAAAUGUAAUUUAUGCUAUAGAGUAAAUGACCUUCCAGGAGAGUUUCAAUUUGAUCCAAUAACUCAAUCUUAUGGGGACCCAUCCAGAAGGCCAGAAGUCAAAACAAGCACCAUUGAAUUUAUUGCAUCUAGUGAAUAUAUGCUCCGUCCCCCACAGCCAGCAGUUUAUCUUUUUAUACUGGAUGUUUCAAGACUUGCAGUAGAAAGUGGUUAUCUCACUGUAGUAUGCAAUACAAUAACUGAUGAAUUAUUAAGAUUACCAGGUGAUGGAAGAACGCAAGUUGGAUUUUUGGCAGUGGAUUCAACAAUACAUUUUUUCAGUAUGCCUGACAAUGUAUCACAGCCCCAUGAAAUGAUUAUGCUAGACGUGGACGAUGUUUUCCUUCCGUGUCCAGACAAUUUAAUAGUUAAUCUUAAGGAACGGGAAGAAUUAAUAAAAGACUUAUUAGCCCAAUUACCUACUAAAUUUCAGGGUACUCAUGAUACGAAUAGUGCAUUAGGGGCUGCUUUACAAGUAGCAUACAAAUUGAUGUUACCUACUGGAGGAAGAAUGACUGUAUUUCAAACAUGUUUACCAAAUAUGGGACCCGGAGCGUUACAACCGAGAGAAGAUCCAAAUGGUAGAGCUAGUAAAGAUGUACCUCAUUUAAAUCCAGCAACUGAUUUUUAUAAAAGAUUAGCAUUAGACUGCAGUGGACAACAAAUUGCCGUUGAUCUAUUUUUAUUAAAUAGUCAAUACAGCGAUUUAGCGACGCUUUCUGGUAUGUGCAAAUUUUCUGGUGGUUGUAUAUAUCAUUUACCACUGUUUCGUUCAUCGAAGAUACAACAUGCGGAAACACUGGAGCGAAUGUUACGACGUUAUCUAACACGAAAAAUAGGUUUUGAAGCUGUUAUGAGAAUACGUUGCACACGUGGCCUUAGUAUUCACACCUUCCAUGGCAAUUUCUUUGUACGCUCUACUGAUUUGUUAAGUUUGCCGAAUGUUAAUCCUGAUGCUGGAUUUGCAAUGCAAAUUUCGAUCGAAGAGAGUCUCGCGGAAACACAAAAUGUGUGUUUUCAAGCAGCACUGUUGUAUACAUCAAGUAAAGGUGAAAGAAGAAUUCGAGUGCAUACAUUAUGUUUACCAGUGGUUUCUAAUUUAAACGAUAUCCUUCAUUCGGCAGAUCAACAAUGUAUAAUAGGAUUAUUAUCUAAAAUGGCCGUAGAUAGAUCUCAACAGUCUUCAUUAUCAGAUGCAAGGGAUGCAUUGAUAAACGUAGCGAUUGAUUCUCUAUCUGCUUACAAAUUGUCCCAGUCUACUGGAUCGGCUGGACUUUUGGCACCAGCCAGUCUCAAGUUAUUACCUUUAUACAUUAUUGCUUUGCUCAAAUACAUUGCUUUUAGAUCAGGCACAAGUACGCGAUUGGACGAUCGAGUAUUUGCCAUGUGCCAGUUAAAAACUUUACCACUUUUACAACUUAUACAAAUAAUAUAUCCAGAUCUUUAUCCUAUACACAUGCUUGACGAUAAAAAUUCAUUGGACAUAGAUGGAAAAAUUUGCCCACAACCACCUAGAUUACAUUUAUCUGCUGAGAAAAUAGAUUCAAGAGGUGCAUUCCUCAUGGAUGCCGGAGAUAAAAUAUUAAUAUACGUGGGGAAAAAUGUACAUCCAAUGUUUUGUUGUAAUGUACUUGGUGUUUCAGCAUUUUCCGCUAUACCAGAAGAAUUUUAUGAAUUACCGGAACUUGACACUGUAGAGAACGAGAGACUUCGCCAUUUUAUAUUUAGUCUGCAAGAAGAGAAACCAUAUUAUGCAUCUGUGCAAAUUAUUCGAGAUGACAGUCAUUUCAGGACAUUAUUUGUGGAACAGUUAAUUGAGGACAGAUUCGAAUCAGCCCUUAGUUAUUAUGAAUUCUUGCAGCAUUUAAAAACUCAAGUGAAGUAGUGGACAAUUUGAAUAAUAAGUGAAUAUAAAAAAGUUAUGUUAAAUAAUUUGAAUUUCUUCAUAAAUGUAUUAUGAAAGAAUCGCGAAAAUAUUGUUAUUGACACAGUGAAAGUGCUAAUCAUAAGCGGCGAACUGUGCUCAGGAACAGGAUGUGAUCUCCCUAUCAAGUAUCACCUACAUUUUUCAUUCAGAUAGCACGGUAACGCGUAAGUGUUCCAGUUUGCCGUUGCAUAAUAAACAGACGAUAAUUGUAAACGACAUGUCAUACAAAAAAGUAACCAUAGCCUUCUUCAGAAAAAACACGUUGACGCAUUUAAAUGUAAUAGAUUGUAAUUAUUACUACUAUCCAUAUUCUUACAAUGUAUCAAUAUCAUAGAUCCAAAUAUCAUGUAUGUCACGUAAAUUUAUGUUAUAUCGGAUAUCUAGUACGUCUUACGCAUUGCUUUUUCCAUUUUUAUUUUCUCUUUCUCUCUCUCUCUCUUUUUCUUCAUUCAUACAUAAGUAUUUUAAUACAAUAACUAAACAUUUUCUUUUGAAUUUUGCAGAUUGAUUUUUUUUUGCUAUAUAUAUGCUUUAAUGGAAGAUCUUAAUUCCAUAUUGUUGUUAUUAAUUUUUAAGGGACACUUCUUUCAGCCAUGUGUUUUUAUCUUAUAUGAUUGGAUUGUUAAUUCAUUAUUUUGGCAUGGCAGUUUAUAUGUAUAGCAAAUUAGGGAAAUUUAUGUAUAAGUUUUACUAUAAUUCCAUUAGGUUUAUCUAUUGAGACUUUUGUGAAUUUAUGGGUAUUCGUAUCUUAUUAUUUUAACCUUAUGAUUAUAAUGACAUCUUAAAGUUAUACAUAACAUUUUUCACAUUAUAUACUCAUUAUUUGCAUGAAUCAAUUAAAAUGUUGAU